AUGGGUAUUCUGGAAGUCGUCCAAGAAGAGAGAAGAGCUUGGUUGGAGAAGAAAUUGCUGCAAAUGGAGCCCGAAGAGAGUCUAAACCACGAGGCUGAAGAUGUUCCGGCACCUUCUCCUCCACCUGCAUCUUCAACGUCACUACUGGGUGGCCGCGGCGGCAUAACGGCCCAAUUGCUGAGCAAGCCCAAUUCAAGAUCGCAGCCCCCGAAAACCGUUCAACGCAAGGCACAAACCGUUCACAGUGGAGAUCCUAAUCCACCAAAACUCAGAGGAAGCUCACGGCAUCAGAGCAGUAGAUCCAGAGGUGUUUUGCUGUGUGGUGACGUGGUUCCAAUCCAAAAGCGAAACGGUGCGACGGGCUCCGCAAGUUUGUGGGUAAAGGAGAAGCGGGUUGGUUUGAUCUGGGUCCUCGAGGAAAUCCAUGAAGACGUGGCCAAUAUCGAGCUCGACGACGAAGGUAUCGUUCAGAAGAUUUCGGGUGCUACGGCACCGAUAUGGGGCUAUGAGUCCCUCAGGCCUGGGGUGGACGUUGGCAAGCUGAUCCCGCGCAUUCCCCGCCAAGGCAUUGACCCUCGCACUGGUGAGGUUGACUUUGCCCAGAUUGCGAGGCGCAAGUUUUUCACAUGUCCAAACCCGGCCAAAGUCAACAUUCCUUGCACGGUUGAGCAGGUACGCGGCAAGACUGAGCUGAGAGUCUCGAGCUUCCCGCACAUUGCAGGGAUCAUCGUCGUUGACCCAGAGAACCUCAAAAUUCAAAGCUCGAAUUCCGUAUUCUGCGGAGCUCUGUUUGGGUUCGAAAAGCCCGACGGCAUGCCCAUUGACUCGCUCAUUCCGAAUUUUCAAAAGAUACUCCAUAUUCUGACGGAGGAAGAUGGCGUUGAGCUCCAAGAUGGGAUUGUUGUACCUGAGCACAGCUUCCGACGGGCAUCGGCCAUUUUGGGUCUGCGGGAAAACCGCCCAGAUGCUGCCGCAACGUUUUUGCGCCCUGAUGGGUUGCCGGGAAAACACAGGGACGGUUCUGAACUCAAGAUCGACGUCCAAAUGAGAGUCGUCAGAAGUGCAAAGCAAUCCACGGUGAUCCAGGAGACUGUGAUUGAGGAUGAGGAUGAAGAUAAGGGCGGAGAUCAGCAAGACGACACAUUCGCCAUUACUCAUUCGGAGGUCGUGUUCGCCCUUUGGAUUACCUACUCCAGGCACAUGCACGCCAGCAGAUCAACUCUCGGCGUGACGUCGGCAUCAGCCUCUGGAACGACAACUCCCUUACAUCAGCCGUCGCCCGGACAGACGCCCGCACACACGCCACUCGAGAUUAGUUCGGAUUCCGACGAGCCCAAGUCGAAGGAACCGUCAACUGCUUCCGCCAUCACCAAGCAGCUCAAGGAAGUCGCAAUGACGGCGGCCGCGAAGCUGACUGGUGCACAUCGAUCCCCGGAAAAGAAGCAGCAAGAGAAGCCGUCCGUCCCACAAGUCGUCGAGCCCUCUCACAAGAAGACAAUCGAUGAUUUCCAGAUCAUCGAGGACAUGGGACAGGGUGCAUAUGGUCAAGUUAAGCUGGCGAAGUACAAAACGACACAAAAGAAGGUAGUUUUGAAAUACGUCACCAAGCGGCGCAUUCUCGUGGAUACGUGGACGAGAGAUCGUAAGCUGGGCACAGUGCCUCUGGAAAUUCACGUUCUCGACUACCUGCGACGGCCCGAUCUCAAACACCCGAACAUUGUCGACAUGGAGGACUUCUUCGAGGACGAUGUGAACUACUACAUCGAGAUGGCUCCGCAUGGUCUGCCAGGAAUGGAUCUCUUCGAUUACAUUGAACUUCGCAGCAACAUGGAAGAAGCCGAGUGUCGCAGCAUGUUCGUUCAGGUCGCAAAGGCCAUCGGCCAUCUUCACACGAAGGCGCUGGUAGUACACAGAGAUAUCAAGGACGAAAACGUCAUUUUGGACGGCGAGGGCAACAUCAAGCUGAUUGACUUUGGGAGUGCGGCGUAUAUCAAGAACGGGCCCUUUGACGUGUUUGUGGGCACGAUUGAUUACGCUGCGCCGGAAGUCCUCGCGGGCAAGCCAUACGGCGGCAAGGAACAAGAUGUAUGGGCACUGGGAAUUUUGCUGUAUACGAUCAUCUACAAGGAGAAUCCGUUUUACAGCAUCGACGAAAUCAUGGAUCGCGACCUCCGCGUGCCGUGGACGAUGAGCGACGAGAGCAUAGACCUGGUGCGGUGCAUGCUAAACCGGGAUGUGGAGGCACGAUACGACAUCAACCAAGUACUCGCCCAUCCCUGGUGCCAGGAAGGUGACGCCGAGUAA